CAGACAGAGCAGGAGAGAGGGGGAGAUAGAGCGAUCCAGCCACCAGAGGAGACUGUAGGACCGAGACAGCAGGCAGGGCUGUGCGUCAGCCGGCACUCCAUAGGGAAACAUGGAGAUGAGCAGGAGAUGCUGGAGAGGACGGAGCACAACCUAACAGGAUCAUAUAGAUGGAUGUUAUUUCAUCACGGAGGAGACCUGAAGGCAACCCACGCAGAGGAUAAACCACUUAUGGACGCGGUGGAUUAAAGACCUACUGACAGACAGAGAGAGGCAGAGGGGGAUAGAAGAGGAGAAAUUCAUCUAUUUGGUUGUUUAUUUUCAUUGCCUGUGUGUGCGCACUCGCUGUCAGAGAGAGUGUGUGUGCCUGCAUGUAUUGCAUGUCUGCAUAAGGCAGGAGACUGCAUUGCUGCUCUCCAGCACCACACAACAGGCGGAGAAAGGCAGCCAAGCAGAAUACAUUGUGUUUUCCCCAUUUUUACUCUCUCUUUAUGCGUGUGUGUGUGUUAUACUGCUAUGGUACUUGUGUGUGAGCUAAGAAUGAUUGGAACAUGGAGAAGUCUGAAGUGAGUCACAGAGUGUGACUUUCAGUUGGGUUUUUUUGACUUGAGGAGAAACCAUCCUCAGAGGAGGAGAGCCUUUUCUCUUUGGUCUCCAUCAAACAUGCCACAGAUCCCUGUCUGCUGACCGGUGUGGCGUUCAUACUGGAGGUGCGCAGGGCUCUCGCCAGGGAAACUUCUUCCUUACGCCCCAGAGAGCUGGAGGCAUCCUCAGGUAGGAGGUGACAGGAAGAGUGGGCCUGAGUGGGAAGCAGGAGAGAGUAGGAGGAAGAGUUCUGCGUUUGCGUCGUAGACCGCGUAGGCAGGCCGAUCGCAGGCCAGCGGCUCUGCCUGAUGGUUGAAGCUCCUGUUGAGAGAGGAUAAUGGCAGCCCGGGGUGCCCUGGCCUCCUCUCCCACCUGCGUGAGCCACACAGAAGCUCGGCAGUGCUAGCCAACGCUGCUCGGGGCCCACCAGGAGAAUGGUGUGAACAUCCUCCAGCUACCUGUCCCACCGUCAAGGGAGACCCCUGUCGCAGCCUUGAAGGGGCAGAUUUUCUUUUUAUUUUGUCACGCGCCUCCGCACCCCUGUUGAGAGCAGAGCUGACAUUUGUUGAUCUGUGUGGGAUUUCUCCCCCUUCCACUCCUCCCUCGUCCUCACCCCCGAGCUCUCCGGCCUACAAGCUCAGCUCAAUGGAUCGUUUCUAGCGCCAAGCUGUCCUUUUCCCCCUCUUUUUCUUUUCUUUUGGUUUUCUUUUCCUUUUUGUCGAGGCUUCAGGGGAAUUGCCAAGACCUGUUUCAUGCAUGUCCACUGGCGGCAGGUUCAACUUUGACGAUGGGGGGUCAUACUGUGGAGGGUGGGAGGAGGGCAAGGCGCACGGCUUCGGGAUCUGCACGGGGCCCAAGGGCCAGGGCGAGUACUGCGGCUCCUGGGCCCACGGCUUCGAGCUGCUGGGCAUCUACACCUGGCCCAGCGGGAACACCUACCAGGGUACCUGGGCGCAGGGCAAGCGGCACGGCGUGGGCGUGGAGAACAAGGGCCGCUGGGUGUACAAGGGGGAAUGGACUCAUGGCUUUAAAGGACGCUACGGCGUGCGGGAGAGCACAGGGACGAGUGGGAAGUAUGAGGGGACAUGGAACAACGGACUGCAGGACGGAUACGGGACAGAGACGUACUCGGAUGGAGGAACAUUUCAGGGCCAGUGGGUCGGCGGGAUGCGGCACGGCUAUGGAGUCCGUCAGAGUGUCCCAUACGGCAUGGCGGCCGUCAUCCGCUCCCCUCUGCGCACCUCUAUAAACUCUCUCCGCUCUGGGUCAGAGCACAGCAAUGGUACCGCUCUGCUGGACCGGACAGGGGCGGUAGUUCCCGGUCCUCCUACGGGUCCUGGCACUUUGACCACCAGCGUGUCCAUGUGCAGCACGGGCAGCAGCGGAAGCAGCCCGGCGGUGUCUCGUGGGGGGUUCGUGUUGACGGCACACAGCGAGGCCGAGCUCCUGAAGGGGAAGAGGAAGGGCGGACUGUUUCGGAGGUCCAUCCUGUCUGGACUCAAGCUGAGGAAGUCGGAGUCCAGGAGCUCUCUGGCCUCGCAGAGGUCUAAACAGAGCUCGUUCAGGAGCGAGGCUGGGAUGAGCACCGUGUCCUCUGCUGCGUCUGAUAUCAACUCCACCAUCAGCCUCGGAGAUGCAGACGCAGAGUUGGCUGUCGCUGACGAUGAUGUGGACGCCACGGCGACAGAGACGUACUGCGGGGAGUGGAAGAACGACAAGCGGACAGGGUUUGGCGUGAGCCGGCGGUCUGACGGGCUGCAGUACGAGGGCGAGUGGCUCAGCAACAAGCGGCACGGCUAUGGCUGCACCGCGUUCCCCGAUGGCACGAAGGAGGAGGGGAAAUACAAGCAGAAUAUCCUGGUGAGCGGGAAGAGGAAGAACCUCAUCCCCCUCCGGGCCAGCAAGAUCAGGGAGAAGGUGGACCGGGCCGUGGACGAGGCGCAGAAGGCAGCGGACAUCGCACGGCAGAAGUCUGAGAUCACUCUGUCCAGGACAGCUCAUGCGCAGGGCAAAGCGGAGGCAGCGGUGGGAGCGGCUCAGAAGGCCCAGGAGGAGAGUCGCAUGGCGAGGGUCACUGCCAAGCAGUUCUCCCCGUCUUUCCAGCACCCAGGAAACGGUAUGGAGAUGCAGCGCCCCAAACGGCAGGUGUCCAGCGAGGUGGAGGGCGAGGGUUUGUCCAGCAGUGUUGGGACGGCUGAAAGUCCAGACCUCUACACCAAGAGCGUGGGCUCCGAUGACCCGUCCAAUGACGCCGCCACGCCGGACCUCAGCCCCCCCUCUUCCUCACCCCAGCACACGCCGCCGGCCCCCGUACGGCCGUCCCACCGCAGCAAGAGCGCCCGCUUCCACCGGCAGACCGCCGUGGACCACGUGGACCACGGGGACCGGGGGGAGAAAGGUGGAGGGGGGCCGUCCGAGAUCCAGGUGCUGAUGGAGGGAGGGGGGGGAGGAAAGGGGGAGUACACGCGGGCCAACAGCUGGACGGAGGACAAGAGGAGGGGGGUGUUUCACAAGGGCGGGGGUGGGGUUGGCGGGCGGGGGGUGACCCGGACCAACGGACACAAACACAGCUCGUCCAACCACAAAGCGCGGGAGCACGGCUCGUCCAACCACAGACAGGCCCGGGGGGAGCGCUGGCUGGAGUCGUCCUCGUCGGCCACGUGGACGUCCGGGCACAGGGGCGUGCACGGCCGGGGGGGCCGCCUGCUGGAGCAGGACGAGGAGAAGAUCAGCAACUACGAGAUGGAGAUGAAGCCUUUACAGCCGCGGUCCUCCGCCUCCCACAAGGCCCACGGGGAGGAGAGGCACGGGCCCCCCCACGAGGAGGAGCGCCCGCACGGGGGGCAGCGCCAGAGGCACAAGACCCGAGAGGGGCGCGAGGGGGGCAAAGACUCGGUGCUCAAGCUGGACAGAGCGGGCGAGAAGGUGGACUCCCGGCCCCUACGCAGGGACCUCACCCUCUCCCCCCCUCUGCAUUCCUCCCCCAUCACACCAGACACGGAGCUCAGCCUCGCGCAGGGCAAAGGCAACUCGGCCUACAGCUCCAUCCUGGUCGUCAUGGUGAUUCUGCUCAACAUUGGAGUGGCUAUUUUGUUUAUCCACUUUUUUAUUUAAAGACGGCACUGCUUUAAGAGUCAACCUAACUAUGCUACAACAAGUAUCAUGUUCGUAUGAGUAUUAGGGCGAAUCCGCUGCCCCUUCGCGUUCUGGCUGAGAGAAGGCCGAGGCCGAAGGAAGUCUGAAGGAAAGUUGGUCCUCCCUUCAUGGACGAGAUGCUGACGGGGGGCAGCCCAAAGAAGCGGACAGGAGGACGAGCAAACAGUCCAAACCACUGGACAACAGCAGGAUGAUAUGGUCCAGAACCUGGACUUCAGCUAAAUGGUUCACCUCAAAACCCAAGUGGGCUGAACUCAUCUGACUCUCAGGCCAGCGAGUGUGCAGACAGGACUGAUGAACUUUUUCAUCUUAAAAUCAUAGUUUUCAACAGAUUUUUAACUUAUUAUUUAUUUAAUAACAUUUUCUCUCAUGUGAAAUACGUUGAUGGCUAUAUUCUUUAUUUUGUAACCCUUCUCUCCUUUAUAUAAAACACCUGCCUUUUAGUUCCUCCAUCCAGCCCAGGGGUUGUUACUGAUGGAGCUUGUGCUCUGUCCACACACACACACACACGUUUCCUCGCUCUGAUGCAUGACUCCUCCCAUUCCACCUCUAACACGGGGUGUGAGAAUGAGUGUGAGCCGCACGUUUGCAUAGAAUAUUUUAAAGUAAGAGUGCAGAUGUGUAUCUGUAUUAAAUUCCUUUGCUUUCCCAUUUCUGUAUUUGUGUGUGUGUGGUCUCCAAGAAGGCCUUUCAUGCGCUUCAUGAAUGUUAUCAAAGUACCUCACGAAGAUACAGCCACCGCACAGUCCCAUCUGACAGCUCUCGCUGUCUCUCCCUCCCACUCCGUCCACCUCCACACACACCAGUCAGAGGAUGGAGCUUCCUCUGAGUCGGUGGUGCUUUAAGGCGGACCAUCCUUGGCAAAGAUGUGGUAUUCGGAGUGGAGGCUACCUUUAGUAAUGCAUCUUUAGCACCACCAACACAGUUUUAAAGGCAGAGCCUCAUGUUGCUUCUCUCAAAACCUAAUAUCUUUUAUACUGUACUUGCAAGAUAUCUGAAAAGAAUAAACAAUAGUUGCCACCUGCCUUGCUUUUGUAGCGCAAAUUGAUUACAGUACAACAAUGCAUGCACUCUAAUAGAUUAGUUGUGUGUUGAAUCUGACAGCAAAGCUCCAGAAGCACAUCCGACAUGUUAGGUUUUGAUGGGAGCAAUGUCUGCAGACCUGCCUGUUUUUUCUUGGAGAAAUGAAUAAAAUCUUCACGUGAAGCUUGGUGAUGUUACAACAUUAUAGUUUGAAAACAAGAAGUGUCCAAGGCCGGAUCUGAACCACCUGCUUGCAUUCCCUAGCGUUUCCUCUGCUGAUUGUGACAACUCUCAGAUACACUCAGACUGAAAAGUGUUGUCACAGAUACUUUUAUCAAAAUGUCUUUUUUUCGUGGUAGACCGACCCGUUUGUUUGUGUGCACAUCAGAGCCUGUGAACAUGUGUGCCCAUCCUUCUCCGCACGUGUGAUUAGAUAGGAGGAUGGUCGGGCACAUUACCAUCGGUAACAACUCCCCGGAGAUUUUGGAGCUGAAACCCGGCUGCAAGCUCAUUUCUGGUGUAUCUCCACCUUAUUACAACAGCUCAGUUUAAGGUGCCUGCAGCCUGAGAUGCAGAACGAUAGAUUUUUAUUUCACUCCGGGUCCCAGACUGAGACAGGAUUAAGAGGCUCUGCUGUAUGCCAUCGGCCUGAUGCCGUGCGCCACCCUGUUAGUCUGCAGCAUGCUACAGCAUGCCAAGCUCUCUCUAUAGUUUUAAUCUCUUCUUUCUUUCUUUCUUCCUUCCUU